AUGUCCUACAGAAAGUCUGUAGAAGACACCUCUUUGCAGGAGGGCAAUAUUGACUUCUGUGGCUUUAUUUAUAGGAAAGAAAUCUCCUCAAUGAUGUUACAAUUACACUCCAACCACACAUCAUUACCUCCUGCCACCUUCUUUCUCAUGGGUAUUCCAGGACUCGAGGAGACUCACCUUUGGCUAGCAGCCCUCCUCAGCACCAUGUAUACUAUGGUCCUUGCGGGGAACAGCCUCAUCAUGACUGUGAUCUGGGUGGACCCUGCACUACAUGAACCCAUGUAUUAUUUCCUGUGUGUCUUGGCUGGUGUGGACAUCGUCAUGGCAACAUCUGUUGCCCCAAAGAUGCUGAGUAUCUUCUGGUCAGGCCAUGGCACCAUUGCCUUCACUGCCUGCUUCACCCAGAUGUAUAUUGUCCAUACUGCCACAGCCCUGGAGUCAGGGCUUCUGCUAGCCAUGGCUUUUGACCGCUAUGUGGCUAUCUGCAAACCCUUGCACUAUAAUACUGUCCUUACACCACGGAAAAUCCUAGGCAUCAAUGUGGCAAUUGUGGUAAGAGCUACCAUUGCUUUGACCCCACUGAGCUGGAUGGUGAGCCAUUUGCCAUAUUGUGGCUCACAUGAAGUCCCUCAUUCCUAUUGUGAGCACAUGGCUGUGGCCAAUUUGGCAUGUUCUGACCACAGAACUAGUAAUCUCUAUGCACUGAUAGGAUCCUCUGUUGUUGUAGGCAUGGAUGUGACAUUCAUCUCUGCCUCCUACAGUCUAAUCCUUCAGGCAGUAUUUAAUCUUUCCUCUAAAAGUGCUAGGCACAAGGCACUUAGUACAUGUGGUUCCCAUGUAGGGGUCAUGGCACUUUUCUAUCUACCUGGGUUGAUAUCUGUCUAUGUGGAUUGGUGGGGUCAAGAUAUGGUUCCUGUGCAUACUCAGGUUCUGCUAGCUGACUUAUACCUUGUCAUCCCACCCACUCUGAAUCCCCUCAUCUAUGGACUGAGGUCUAAGAAGAUAUGGCAGGGUGUAUGGAACAAAAUGGUCACCAACCUACCACGUCACCACUAUGUGAACUCCAAAAAGGAAAGACGACCCAAGCAAGUAUUGGUGAUGGGUGACAUAUGA